AUGGUGGCUUUAGACAGGAAGAGAAAGGCAGCCACGGCCAAUGGACUGGCCAAGAGACAAAAAUCGACUUCUUCACGUGUUUUACAUUCGAAGAACAAGCUUCCGGAUGUGGUGGAGAUCGUAGCUGGUAAAACAGAACCAUUGGACAUAUUUGUUUGGGGUACAGGUUCUAUGUGUGAACUUGGAUUAGGACCCAGUGCUAAGACCAAGGAAGUCAAGAGACCCCGGUUGAAUCCGUUUUUAACCGAAGAAAAGUUGGGUAAAGGUAUUAAAAUAGUUGAUUUUGCUGCUGGAGGUAUGCAUUCCUUGGCUUUAGACAGUGCUAAUAGAUUAUGGUCAUGGGGAGGAAAUGAUAGUGGUGUUUUGGGUAGAGAUACAUCCAAAGCCAAAGAGGUUUUAAAGUCAAUGGAUGCUGGUGACGAAGACUCUGAUGAUGAAGAUGGUGAUUUGAAUGAAGCUGAAUCUACACCUGGUUUGGUUGAGAACCUUCCUAACACCGAAGAUGGAGGAGCUAAAAUUGUUCAAGUGGUAGCCACAGAUAAUUUGAGUGCAGUCUUAUAUGAUAAUGGAGAAGUUUACGCUUGGGGAUGUUUCAGAUGCAAUGAAGGGUUAUUGGGCUUUUUAAGACAGGAAAUCUCAUUACAGAAAACACCAUACAAAGUGAAGGAGCUUAGUAACAUUGCACAAUUAGCGGGCGGUAAGGACCAUUUAUUAGCCUUGGAUAAGAAGGGAAUUUUAUAUGCUUGGGGUAAUGGGCAGCAAUUCCAAUUGGGCCGUCGAGUAUUGGAAAGACACAGAUACAGAACACUUGAACCUCAACAAUUUGGGUUAUAUAAUAUCAAGUAUAUUGCCAGUGGAGAUUUCCAUUGUUUUGCUAUUGACGUCGAAGGCAAGGUAUUUGCCUGGGGGUUGAACCAAUUUGGACAAUGUGCCUUGACUGAUAUCAAUGGAGAACUAGAAGAUGGAUCUUUGAUUACCAAACCUACAGAGAUCCCAGCGUUAUCGGAGUUAAGUAUCACCGAAAUCAGUGCCGGUGAACAUCAUACAUUAGCCUUAACAUCCGAAGGGGAUGUCUAUUCUUGGGGUAGAUAUGAUAUGAAGGAGAUUGGGAUCCCAAAGGAGAACCUCCCUCCAUCUACUUUUAAAGACGCUCAUGGAGUUGCCAGAUCUGUUCCUACACCUACUAAGCUUCAAUUCGGUGCUAAGGCCGAUAAUGGAGUUAAGAUCAAAACGAUUGCUGCUGGUUCGCAUCAUUCAUUUGCAGUUACAGAUGAUGGGUUUGUAUAUGCUUGGGGGUUUGCCGAUACGUAUGCUCCAGGGUUAGGACCCUUGGACGAAGAUGUAGAAAAGCCUACUAGAAUCGUGAACACUGCCACUAAGAACCACACCAUCCAAUUAAUUGGGGCUGGAGGUCAAUUCUCAAUUUCGGGAGGUAUCAAAAUUGAAGACGAAGAUGUCGCAGAAGACAGAAUCGAUAAAUAUGACGACAUUGAUGGACAAUAA